CGUUUAGCUUUUGUUCUCAAACGUCACGAAAUUCAAUAGUUCUCUGCGGAUGUGCUAGAGUUCGCUUUCUAUCGUUCGGGCAGCGAUUCUCACUUGCGGUGGCUUCUUCCGGUUCUUUUCGUUAGGGAACGUUGUUAAAGUAGUUAGAUAUGGCUGCAGAACCAGAGACGUUUGAUGAUGUUGAAGGGCAGCCUAUGGAGGCUGACUCUACCAUCGCACCUGCCCAACCAGCAGAACUUCCCGAAAUUAAGCUGUUCAAUCGUUGGAGUUGUGAUGAUGUACAGGUGUCGGAUAUGUCCCUUCAGGACUAUGUCGCUGUAAAGGAGAAGAAUGCGAAGUAUUUGCCUCACUCUGCGGGUAGAUAUGCAGCAAAACGUUUCCGCAAAGCCCAAUGCCCAAUUGUGGAACGUCUUACAAAUUCAUUGAUGAUGCAUGGGCGUAAUAACGGCAAAAAGUUGAUGGCUGUGCGAAUUGUGAAGCACUCAUUUGAAAUCAUCCACCUUCUUACAGGAGAAAAUCCUCUCCAAGUGUUGGUAAAUGCCAUCAUCAACUCUGGACCCCGAGAAGAUUCUACCCGUAUUGGACGUGCGGGUACAGUUCGUCGGCAGGCUGUUGAUGUGUCACCGCUGCGGCGUGUAAACCAGGCUAUCUGGUUGCUCUGCACUGGAGCCAGAGAGGCUGCAUUCCGAAACAUUAAGAGCAUUGCUGAGUGUGUGGCUGAUGAAUUGAUCAAUGCUGCCAAGGGUUCUUCAAACUCUUAUGCUAUUAAGAAGAAGGAUGAACUUGAGAGAGUUGCUAAGUCUAAUCGUUAAGAACAGUGAAAUGCCCCUAUUUAUGAGCUGAACGUGGAAAAAAUGGGAUUGAAGAAAAUAUUGCACCCUAAAGAUUUUGGGGUGUAGAUUUUCUUAAAUAAUGUUUAAAACGUUACUUAAAUAUCGUAUUUUUACUGAUAAUUUCAUACGAAAUUUAGGUGAUUAAAAUUAUUGGAAUGACUGAAAUGGUGCUUCAUUUUUUCAACUGGAAGCUUUGUAGAUGGUUUUCAUUUAAUAUUGUGUAAUUAUUGAUUGGUUACAUGUUUAGGUUCGAACGUUUUUAAUAGUGUUGGAUAUCACUUCAAUUUCGUAAAUAAAACAAUGUAAUUAGUUAAUAGUUAGAUUUAUUGCAUGAGCAUCUUUUUUGAAAACUAGCAAUGUUAGGAGUGAGUUUCAAAUUUGUAUGAAUGCAAUAAAACAACAUAAAGGAGUUUGUAUACUCUAUUGUUUGUU